AUGCUGCUGCAAAGUGCUGCCAUUUUCUUGUCCUUCCUACUCCUUGUUAAAACUGAACAAUCCCGCGAUGACACUGCUGCCAAUGUCUCUCCCUCUGCAACAUCUGCCAACUGUUUCCCAUCAGAUCCUGUCAAAAAUCCUGAUGGGGGUUUCAUCUGUGAAGGAGACUAUAUCAGACUCUAUUCUGUGGACGCGAAGAGCCAGCAUCAGUAUCUGGCGAUUAAAGACACUCCUGAUGCUGGGCCUCCUUCCUAUGUACGAAAUGCAAUGACGACGGGCCAUUCGUAUCCAUUCAAACUACGAGACACAAGCGGACGGUGGCUGAAAAUUAGCCCUGGAAACUACAAGGACAAAAAAUAUCAAACUCUAUAUGUAGACAACUGGGAAGCAGUGUACGACGAUCACACUAAUCCCACGAUGUUGUUGUACGUUCCCAACACCGUCUACACGAGUCGAUCAUCAAUGGCUGGUGGUGCCCCGGCUGGAUGGAUUUUAGAUGCUGCUCAAGGCCUCGUGCUGUGGGAUUAUUAUCAGGAGCGUGUUGCGUUCGACUGGGCCGGCCCAAAUCCGUCACAAGUCCCAGGUUGUGAGACUCUGACUCUGUGGACAAUUGAACAAACUCAGUCUCCAACUGAAUUCACUGGAUAUAUAGAAAAAGUGUUGAAUUUGAAAUAUGCAAUCACGAAUGUCGGAGCCACUGAACAGAAUCUCAUUUUGACUAUGUCGACGACACAAUCCAACACUUGGAUGUUCAACAGAGAUCAACGUUUCAAGUAUUCUGUUACUGGACAAGGAUGGGUUGGAGUGCCCUUCUUGGGAACCGGGAUGUCAGUCUCUGUUUCGGCUGAUAUCGCUUUCACCACUGGACGUGGGAACAGUCAAACCAAAUCAACCUACUUUUCAGUCAGCGCCAUGAUCCCCGUCCCAGGCCAAUCUGUUAUAUCGGGUAGUAUUUGGAUGACAAAAGCUACUAUGAAGCAGGUGCCUUUAAUGUAUACCGUGCAGCGAACGUGGCCUGAUGGGAAGGUUGUUACGUUUGAGGUUACGGAUACUGUUGAUGUUGUUCAAUAUUAUGAUGCCGUGAUAUGCAUUUCAAAGGCGUCAGGUAUUGACUUGGGACAGACCCCAGCUUGCGUUCCACCUGCCUUAUCGAUGGGGAAAUCAACAGGCUCUUCUGGCAUCAUUCUUCCAUUCUUACAAGCCUAG